UGCAUGGGCUUUGAAAUCACACAGUUCGAUUCGCGGCAUUCUUCUAACAUCGUUUCGCCGGUUCACACGAGGAGAUUUUUUUGUGGCAAGAAAAUUGUUAACGGUGGUAGAAAAGGCAACGAUAGGCAACAUUCCUCAUAAAAACUAAGAUUCUCACGUUUUUAUACACAUGACAGUACUCUAGCAGCAAGGAGUGGUUCAUCGAGCUGCGAAAAUAAACCUCAACGAUGCCGACUAAAACCGAAUUAGAAGAUGUUCGUAUGAUUAUGUUAUCACUAUUGGUAUCUCGACCUGGUUUCACACAAUUGCCUGUUCUUGACCAGGAUUACUACGAGUACGAAGGCAAACGUAUACCAUGGCGUAAGUUCGGCUUUGGUAGUCUAUUAGAAUUCUUGCAAAGUAUGCCAGAAUACUUUUGUUUCUCGGAAAUUAACGGCGUCAGAUCUGUUCGCGCUAUUACUGACAAGAGCAAGCACGUGAACUCAUUAGUAGAGCGUCAGAAGAAAACAUCGAAGUUCACUCGUCCUAAUCGGUCUUUAUAUCGUCAUCCGCGUAUGCUGCGCUAUAGACCGAAGAUUCCGGCCGAGAAGCUGAAUGAUCUGGUGGGGUACGUCAGGAACCAUCCAAAUGGCGUGAAUAUAAAUAUCGUUUUGUCGAUGCUUCAGAGCCAAUUGCCAUAUGUCACGCUGACCACGUACGAUAUUCAAGAGCAAUUGCGCGAGCUAGGACAUCAGCUGUAUCUGGACUGUGACACAAUUCGUCCAGUAGUAAGAAACUGUUCUGUUCCCCGAACUAAAAUUUCUGAACGCUGCAUGUCUCCGUUAGUAUUGGAGCCACCGGUCGAUAUGUCUAAACCAUCGUGCUCCAAUGCUAUGUAUACCGUUCCCGAAGAAUGCCCCGACACGAUGUUUACAGACGAGGAUGGCUUUGUGCGGCCUAACAGCGCACGAUGUUCAAGGCAGCCAAAGACGGAUGAGCGACUCAUAUCAAGUCUAAAGGAGCGUCCGAAUUAUGAAGAGAUGAUCAGUUAUCACGAUAAUGUUCAUCACGAUAACCAAGAAGAGAUGUAUAGUAUCGACGAUAAUACUGACUCCAUGGACUUGAACAUGACCGAGAACGAAUCGAAUAAAUUAUCGAAUUUGAUAAGUCAGAAAAUGCAGUCGCGACUACAGCAACUGGUACAGAAGUAUCCAGACGGCAUAAAGUGUUCAGAACUACCGGAUUUAUACAUGAAAGAAUUCAAGGUUCCACUGAAUUACACUGAGCUAGGCUUCAACAGUGUUUGCACCUUUGUCUCGUACUUACCAGAUAUUUUCUGUCUAAAGCGAUUAGAUACUAAUGACGAUUUUAUAGCGUAUAAUGCUGACAUGAUAUUGAAAAAGCAAGAACAGGAUGUGACCAGAAAUGACGACCAAAGAACAUCUAAAAGUUCUACUCGAGAGACAAUGUCCCAAACGAAGCUAAUCAACAUACCAAAAUCACGGUUUGAAAUACAUGACAUAGACAACAAUAACACGCAGUUUCCGUUGGAACUUCCCCCAAACGUACUUAUGAAAUUUGCGCCUGAUGAUGUUGUACAUUGUCAUGAGAUAAGCCAAAUAUUAGUCACCGAUUUGCAACAGAGCCAAGAAUCCUAUUUGGAAGUUUACCUUGUAGAAGUAUUCACACCGUCCUUCUUUUGGAUACAUCUACGGAAGAAUAUAAAUCAUUUCGAAUUAUUCAUGAAAAAUUUGGGCACGUUUUAUGACGAAUAUAGCGAACGGUACGCUAUCCCUUCUCUCGCGCUGCAACGAAAUCUGAACUGUGCGUGCAUUUACGCCAAUGUGUGGCAUAGAGCGGUUAUCAAAACUGUAAAGCCGGACUUCAGAGUUACUGUCUUAUUUAUCGACUAUGGGACUCAGAAAACUUAUCCCCCCGAGAAUUUAUUCUAUUUGACGAAGCAAUUCUCUUAUCUCCCAGCGCAAGCAAUACCUUGCGCUCUAUAUAAUGUCAAACCGUACGGGGGAGAUCGCUGGAAGAAGAGUAUAACAGAUCGUUUUAUAGAUAGAAUUAAUGAAUCCGUUUUGGCCAUGACCGUAGUAUCGAUUGACUCUUCGAAAAACUCCAUGUUGAUUACCCUGACUGAUAAGAGUGAAGCGAAGGAAGUGUGUAUAAACGAUUGGUUAGUUGAAGAAAAUCUAGCGCAAUAUGGCAAAAUGGGUGACUGCGUCGACAUGGAGAGUUUACCGAAAUAUGUGGUAAAUAAUUUAAACCGCCUACCAUCGUAUUGCUUUGCGGAGGAAAACCCGGUCAUCAACAGCUAUAACAACAAGUGUACGACCACGGAGGAAUUCAAUGAAUCGCCCAAAGUCUCAUCCGGACCGAACUUCGCGUAUCGCGAGAAUAAUCAGCAGUCGCGAUCAGUACCGCCGGGUUUCAUGCCUUUCAAUGAACACACUGAUCGGUUUAAUACACCGACGAAUCGCUGCUACGGAUACUCGUCUGUCGGGAGUAACACGAGCACGAAGACACCAUCGUUAUUCACCGACUUGAUAGAGGAUGUAGCGAACAGUCCGUUCCUAGAUAAAAAUAUGAAGUCGUCUGUAACGAACUUAACGUUGGACAUUCUUUCCAGCGAUGUUGAGAGACAGAUGUUCGCACAGUUCAUGCAGGAGAACACGACGCUGCAGAUAGAGCUGACCAAUUCUUUCCGCCAUCUGCUGAAGUUCCCGCCAGAAACCAAAAACACGUGCCUCGAUUAUAUCACGUUGCUAUUUCAGUUCAAUAAUGCCCUCAGGCUACUUGUGAAGGAACUGAAUAAUCAAUUAGAGAGCAUUAUACCAAAUGCAUUCCAAAGCAACGAGAACGACGCCGGCUUGUCAUCAAAAACGUAUAAUUACAAUCCUAGUUGCGAGAGUCCCAUGAAUCAAGAAAUCACGAAUUCAUUAAGACCACCACCAUCAUCGACAGCCUCGUCUUCUACGCAUUCGUUCGGUGAAUAUCACAAUCAAUACCAUCAUGCUGCAUUCCCCAUAUCUGACACGAAGGACCUUCCUCACAGUUCACAACAUCAAGUUCAUAAUCCUCACAACUCACAACUUCGAACUCAUGCUCACAAUCUCGGGCAGUUAACGAAUCAGGUUUUCGUCAGUUCGCAUCAAGCCGACGCGAAUGGCCCGUGUAUUCAAUCAUCUUUUAUCUCUUCUGACUCGGAGUCGUUGGCGUUCAACAGGCACGGAAAUAUUGCCAAAAAUACAUCGGCUCUCGAGAAUAUUUCAAGCGGGAAAACACCAUCAUCGUCCAGCGACUUGAGAAAAGGUAUGAUGAACAGUCCGUUCUUGGAUGCAAAUUCGAAUCCACCCGUGACGAACGCAUCUUUUCCAACGUUACCGGAAAUUCUUUCCAACGACGCCGAGAAACAGACAUUAGCACAAUUGUACAUCGAUAAGCUGCUUUACCAAUCGGUUUUGAAUACGAUAACAGCUUCACAUUCUAAUACCGCCAACAUCAAUCCGUCUAGCUGUCAUCAAAGCGCGAACGAGUUUGCUAAUGCGAAUAUGCAACACGGAAACGUUUACAAGAACGAAGAACGGACCAAACUGAAAGAAACGAAUCCAUUCAUAUCUCAUCAGAACGUUGAGGCACAGGUGGAACGAAACGUACACAACAGCUAUGACAUGACAAAUCUUGCAUUGUAUUUGCCCAAUGAUAAUCAGCAGAGUUACACUCCGACAGUGAAUAAAAACACGAACACUCGUGCGGCAGAUUACAAUUAUUACGGGAAUAAUGUGAGGAGCGAAUCGAAUGUUGGCUUAGUGUCGACGGAAUACAAGACGUAUGAGGAUGCCAAGGUGAACAGCGAUGGUAAUUAUACGCCAAAAAUAAUCUACGAGGCUGGCCCGGUAAUGUACAACUUACAGAAGAAACCAGAGGAACAACAGUUGCCUUUGCAAUCGGCCACGCAAUUGCAAGGCAAUAUUGUCAACAAUGUCGUCAAUCAUGUCGCACCUUCGUCCAGCUCAAUUGACAGGUCUGUCUUGAACGACGAGGGUUACACGAUGCGGAUGAUCUAUAAUCCAUCACCAGUGACAAACACGCAGGACCACUAUCAACCGGACAUAUUGCCACAGCGCAAUUUGCCAGAAACAUGGACCAGGGCGAGGAUUCAAAACAAUGAUCCUUUACAGAAUUACAGCAAGAGGUCCAUUUCGACCACGAUAUGUUCACCGAGCAGUUUGUUGGCGCAUGAAGAGGGGAAUUACGAAGCUAACAAAGAAUUCACGAGUGAAGACUCUUACAGAACGGUCGAACCGUGUCAUACCUCCCCAAGUAACAACAGUGAGAGAGCGAUGAUAGCCACAAACUUCUGGAACUCGUCUCCCAACAAUGACGAAGAGGGAUUUUCCAACUACAACACGUCAUUAAAAAUAUCUUUUUUAUUUAAGAAAAUCGAUUCUGUUGACGGAGUAACAAUUUUGUUUCACAUGAAUGAGGGAGGUUGGAUGUUAAUGCACGAAUUUGUGGGAGCCUUCACCAAAUUCAGCAAAUCCUGUCUGAUGACAUUAUUGAAAGCAACAAAUGUGUCGAUUCCGUUUAAAGAAGUUCACAGAUUUGAAUAUCCGACUCAAUUUUUACAACUUGACAGUUAUCCUUUAAGUGUUGUCAGAGAUUCUAAUAAUCGCAUUACAUCUCUUAAUUUGGUUUCUUUGCAAGCUGCAUUAGGAUUACUUCUUAAAUUAAAACUAAUCUCGCGCGAAGAGUUAGACAACGCUUUUAAAGGAAACAAGAUGUUCACACAAAGUCCUAUUUUGCUCAAUAUGUGGAUAUUGAUUUCAUGUUUUAGGAAUUACUCAUAAUGUACAAGGAUCUCAGAUGUCUCAUUGGAUAAUACAUCAUAAGUUAUAGAAUAUAAGUUUAAGUUUACAACAUCGAAAUAAAAAUAAAUUUUAUCAAGACUGAACGACUUACAAACAAAAUCUUUAGUAAUUGUUCUGUAAAUUAAUAUAGUGACAUCUGUAAGAAUAGCACAAGAUUUUUUCUUUUUUUGUAGAUUUAAUGAUGAGUAGCAAUGAUUAUUUUAUAGAUAAGCUAUUUGGAAUUUGCAAUGGUUUAUUUAUACAUAUUAUAGAUUAUAAUAAUGCAAUAAUUUUGAUACUUAUAUGAGUAAUGAAGUCUUUCAGCUUAAAAGUCAAAGUCCAAAGAAAAUUAUUUAAUUUUUAUUAUCCUUCUAAUUUCAGUUUACUAAUAUGGUAGCAUUACGUAUAAAUAUAAAUAAUUUUUAUAUUUAAGAGGAUUGACACCGAAAUAGUACUUAAUAUAAAAUUAUAUUACAUAUCACACUGUGAUAAUAUACUUAGUAAGUUAAUAGAUAAGUUAAUAGAUAAGUUACUUCUAAUUAGUAAUUUAGUAUAUAAUUUACUACAUAUUAAUAAAAAUGUAAUAAAUUUUUUUUUAUUAAAUUUAAUCAUUUACUCAUAUGAUUAUAAGUUUUAUGAGUAUAAAAUAUGUUUAAUUUUCAUUAUUAUUAUAUUCUUUAUUAAGACAUAUAUGAUGGAGAGAAAUUUCUAACAGUUAUUGAUAAAUUUAAUUUGAUAAAUUUAAUAUAUAUAUAUAUGUGUGUGUGUGUGUGUAUGUGUGUGUGUGUGUGUGUGUGUGUGUGUGU